AGCAGUUGGGAGCGCGGCCUGAGGCCUGUGCGCUCGGCGAGGUCGAAGCGUCGGGGAGGGUUUUAUGCGCGGCGGUGCCGGCGAGGAGGGUGUUCCCAGCGCGAGAGGCCCCAGACCGGCGUUGGGUCGGCUUCGGCCGAAGUCGUCGUUUGAACGGUCGAACUGAGCGGUAGGCGCCGGCCUCCGCUACGAACCACCACACUUUACUACUUGUUCGCCGGUGACUUCUCUAGACUCGUGUGGUAACGACUCAACCGUUUGUUCGGUGCCCAUCCCAUCGGUGUGGUUUCUCUUUUUCGCAUCAACUCGUGUUUCAGUGUUGUGCGCGCACCAUCCCUACUGAGAAAGGAGAGGUGGAGGAUUUUCGGUCUUCCCAUGAGGGGGUCCGAAUCGGGAAGCACUUGUGGCGUUUAAAUCCCUUCUUCGCUUUUAAAAAAAUUUCCUCGGCAAAACUGACGACGACCCUGGAUUAUCGAUUGGAAAGGACGAGGCAAGGCCGCCAUACGUCCUAGCCGUCGGCGGGUCUUCGACCAACAAGCUUCGGCUGCUGUGGAUACUGGCAUGUGUCGUGCGAUCGCUGCGGUCCAACGGGCGCCGCCGCGGUAACUCUGGAUUCCACCACGGACUGUUGCUCGCUGCCUCAGUCACCGUCAUGGAUGGUGGUCGGUGGUCGGACGGCGAUCGCCGCCGCGCCCAUGUCCUGCGCCCGAGCCGCGAGCUGCGCCUCGCCCUGCCGCUGCUGCCCUGACCUGGUGUGGUCGCCGACACCGCUGUCCAGCGGCGGCAUGUGGUCGGCUCAACUUCGGUCGCCGCCGCCGCCGCACGCCGCCGCGUCUCAGCCGGCCACCGGGCACGGCUGUGCGGCACUGCCCGACAAGCAGGCGCUCUUCCUGGUCGCCUUCCCCAUCUGUGCCUCUUCCAACGGCAACUCCCAAGCGUCCCAACUUCACCCAGCGGCGACGGCGACGUCGUCGACCUGCUGCUGCCGGUGCUGCUGCAAGUGCAGCUGGAGUGCCAAGCCGCCCUCGACGACGACGUCGACGCCCUGCUGGACCGCGCAGCAAGACGCCUCCUCGCCCGCCGGAAGGAACACCUUCCUGCUGUCUCCAAAGGAGGAAGAAGGGAAACCUUCGUCGGGCCUCCCGGAAGAUCGCCUAAUGGAAGUCCCUCCUCCGUCCCCUCCAUCCCCUACGAACGCUCAGCAGCGCUACGGCAACCAGCCUCACCUUUCCCCCUCUCCCGGUGCACCGCCGCCAGGAGGCGCGGCGAGCGACGUCGACGUCGACCUGAGCCGCGUUCGGGACGCCCUGCGGACGCUUCGCACGAGCGGCUACUACUACGAGGGCCUGUCCUGGGAGGAGGCCGGUCGGCUACUGCGAGGCCGAUCCGUGGGAACGUUUCUGGUGCGCGACAGUUCGGACAACCGGUUCCUGUUCGCCCUGAGCGUUCAGACCGAACGCGGCCCGACCAGCGUUCGCAUCCACUACUGGCGCGGCCAGUUCCGGCUGGACUGCGAGGACGCGCUCGCCGGCAGCAUGCCGUGGUUCUCGUGCGUCGUGUCGCUCGUCGAACACUACGUGCAGCUCAGCCGGUCGGCCAAGGGACAGAUGUGCGUGUGGUUGGACGGUCACGGCCGCCGGGACUUGCCCAUCAUGCUGACGAGGCCGCUGUACCGGGAACCGGCGUCGUUGCAACACCUGUGCCGCAUCGCGCUCAACCGGAGCGCGGGCGCCGCGGUUGCCGCGGCGUCCAGGACUGUGGAGCCGCUGCCGGCGGCUCUGAAAGACUACCUCAGGGACUACCCGCACCUACACUGACCAAAGCGUUAUGAACCCCACCUUUCUUUUUUCCCGUUUGGGUUUCUUUUUUUUUGGCGGGGUUUGUGAAAUCUUCCUCCCAAACCCGGGGCACCCUUUGCGUGGCCCUGUUCUGGUCCGACUGCGGCGGCGGUGGUGGUGGUGGUGUUGGUGGGGGUACAAAUAAUUGUGCUGUUGCCGCGCGACGGGACCGCCCCACCCAUGAGUCGCAGUUCCUACACACGUGUCGUGAAGAAAAUUAAGCCAGCUUGUAGAGUCACUGGAUGAUGAUGACCUUUGUUGUUGAUGAUGAUGAUGAUGCCUUGUUUUGUUUUGGUUUCUCGUUUCCUUCUGUUCUGCUUCCGCGCUCUGUGCGUUUAGCUUUGCCAGCGUGGAAUGAUAAAAAAAAAGAAAACGGUGUGUUUGUAAUACGUGCAGUCUGAACCGAUGAGAACGUGACUACCUUUCCUUUCCCCACCAGAGGCAUAAACAGAUUUGUGUUCUGAGAGGCGGCUCGCUUUUUUUCCUUUUCAUAUAGUGCUGCUUAUGGGCGCCAAGUACAAAAAGAAGGGAAGAAAACAAACAAACAAUGUAAUCAGACUUGGCUAGAGCACUGACUUCCUCUUGAAAGUCUGUCCUGCGCUUUGUGAUAUUCGCUUCUUCGCGUGGUGGUCUUUGUACCUGCUGUACUAUCAUGAACCGAACGACCUCCGUUCGAGUUCUCCGGGACCUGCAAACCAUGUUUGCUUUCCACUUUCUCUCGU